CACUGAGGAAAAACAAGUUAUUUUGAAUGGCUUUGUAUUACACUGUUGUCAAUGUCCAAUUAUAAUGCAAUAACACCAACAUGGCAGGUUUUCCUUCUAUUUGGUUAUUCCUAAACUCAACACAGCUCUGCAGUUUUAUUAAGCUGAAAGUUCUUUCUUCGGUCGCAGUGUCAGUAAAGCUUCUUCAUACGUAUCAGGUUAUCGUAACGCUAUUGGCUGCUUUUUGUGCUCUUUAAAAGAUGCUUUUUUUUCCCUCCAACAUUCACAGAAAACACCCCCAGGGUGUGUUUUUGUUUCUCCUAACCUGUGUCCUCCUGAAAUAUAAAUGACAUUUAAGUAGAAACCCCAUUGGUGUGUCAGCCCAAGCGUAAUAAGACACACCUCAGUAAACCUGAUGCUGCUGGCCAAACUCAGCAGGGUCACCUCCAGGCCUUUUGUCCCGGGCUCAACACUGAAUUAUUUUUUACCGUUUGUUUUCAGAUUAUAGAUUCAAAGGUUCGCUCUCUAAAAUCCCUUCAAUGUAUAAUUUUCUCUUGCCUAAAAAGUAGAUCAGUGUCAAGCGACAUUCCUGUUUAAUGACACACUGACUUUUCGAGGGCCUGUUUCUCAGAGCCUCGCUGCUGGCUGAAGGACGAGGGCCGGUCACGUGUCCUGUGUUUACUACGACGUAAACCCGUUCCUCGAGUCCCUGUUGAUCUAUAACCGUGGUUGCUCAUAAGCUGGUCCAGGUUAGUCUUUGGACCCACUGCAUUCAGAGAGGAGCACUCCUCUUCUGCAAUACACGACUUCAGCUACCGAAAAAAAAGCGAGAAAAAAAACGGGGCCAUGGCGCUGCGCCCGCGGGCCUCCUCCCAGCCGGGAAUACUUUCCUUCUUCCAGGGUCCCAAGGCGUCCUCUGCCCUGCGGCCGCGGGCCGUGUCCUCGCGCUCGGGCUCCGUGCUGGAGGAGGACUUGUCCUGCGCCGUCUGCUGCGAGAUCUUCAGGGACCCCGUCGUCCUCAAGUGCAGCCACAGCUUCUGCCGGGCCUGUCUGCAGCAGUUCUGGAACAAGAAGAAGGCCCGACGCGAGUGUCCCAUCUGCAGGAAGAAGUGCUCGCUGACGGAGCCCACGGUCAGCCUGGCGCUGAAGAACGUGGCCGACACCUUCCUGAGGCAGCAGGACCGCAGGGCGGCCGCGGGCGGCGCCGGCGAAGCGCCCGGCGGGGCGAGGGAGCCGGAAGGGAAGGUGGACGAGGAGUGCGUCGCCCACGGGGAGGUUCUUAAGCUCUUCUGCCUGGAUGACUUUGAAGCCCUCUGCUGCGUGUGUCACACGUCCAAGAAGCACCAGGGACACCGGGUGUGUCCUCUGGAGGAGGGGGCGCAGGACUUUAAGGCAGAGCUGAAGAAUGACCUGAUUCCUCUGAAGAAACACCUGCGUUGCCUGUAUGAAGCCAAGCAGGAGUGUGAUGACACAACGGUGCACAUCAAGGACCAGACUCAGGCCACAGAAACGCAGAUUAAAGAGGAGUUUGAGCAGCUGCGGGAGUUUCUGCAGAAGGAGGAGACGGCUCGACUGGCCGCCCUGCAGCAGGAGGAGGAGGAGAAGAGGGAGCUGCUGAGGAAGAAGUCGGAGAGCAUCACCAGAGGGAUCCUCAUCUUCUCGCACGCCGUCAUAGCCAUCGAGAAUGAGAUCGCUUCCAGCAAUGCUGUCUUCCUCAAGAAUUAUACCAACACAAAGAAAAGAGCACAGAUGCCACAGAUUAGUCCGGAGAAAGUGGCGGGUGCGCUGAUAAAUGUGGCCAAGCACGUCAGUUCCCUCAAGUACCACGUGUGGGAGAAGAUGGCCGACCUGGUUCAGUACACUCCCAUCAGCCUGGACCCCAACACGGCGUACUCCUGGCUGUCCCUCUCCCCGGACCUCACCUGUGUCACAAACAGCGGGUGCCUCCAGAAGCUCCCGGACAACCCCGAACGUUUCGGCCACUUUGUGUUCCUGCUCGGCUCGGAGGGCUUCACUUCGGGCCGCCACGCCUGGGAGGUGGAGGUGGGCGACAAGUCGGACUGGAUGCUCGGAGUGGUCAAGCAGUCCGUGGACAGGAAGGGCCGGAUCUCCGGGUGCCCCGAGGACGGGUUUUGGAUGAUCUCGCACUACGAGGGCGAGUACUCGGCCAUGACGAGGCCCAGCACCCCGCUGCGUCCCCGCGGCGAGCUGACCCGAGUCAGGGUGCAGCUGGACUACGACGCCGGAGAGGUGACCUUCUCCGACCCUGUCACCAUGACGCCCGUCUACACCUUCACCGACUUCUUCGCUGAGAAGAUGUACCCCUUCUUCUGCCCCGGAGCCAACAUCAACGGGAACAACCCCAAACCGCUUAAGAUCUGCCCCGCCAGGGUGGCUGUGUGGAACAGUGCCACGUGGUGAUUUAAAAAUAAAGAAAACACUCAUUGAGCACACAAGUUUAUUUCAGAAUUCAACAAGUAUCACCUCAUUAAAGUGCAUGAUUCUGUGUAGAAAUGAGCACGAUGUAAGCCAAGCAGUGACAUGAAGUAUUGGUUCAUUUAGUGAUUGAGUGCAGUUUUUGAAGCGCUGCUUUAAAGCUACCAGGGGAUGGACCUGCCCUUCCAGUCCAGGAAGCCUGCGCUCUGCUUCUCUGUCAGAGAGGCCAUCACUUCGAGCAUCCCCUGCACACUCUCCGUAGCACCGAUGUCCCCCUGGUGGUUGGAAAACACACACAUGGUAAACGAUGAAUGGCAGCACAGGAGGUCAUCUCCCCUCUGGGUCUAAUGUUUCUACUCAUGGACCAGUUCUGUAGUCUGUGUGGUCACAGGACGAUUGUGAGUGAGCACUUUUAAAUUACUUUUGCAUCACAUGUCCGAUUUCAAAUAAUGGAUCUGAUUCUGUUUUUAUGAAGUGUUUGUCAAUCCAGGUGUUGGUGUCCCUUUGCUCAGUGUGGUAUCAGAUAUUGGACGCAGCAGUGUGUGAAAUGCUUCAAAAUCUGCUCUAACUACCAAAAUCCUGAAACAUGAGUAAGCAUUCCUCUGUAAAACCAUCUCUCACCAUGGGAACAGCUUAUUUUUUGUAUGUAAAAUGUAUUGAUUAUUAGAAAUCACGCCCUUCUUGAAAUGUACACGUAGGAGAUAUGAAAUCAAAUGACGUGAUGUUAAUGUCGUGCUUCGCGGUUAAUAAAGUAAAUUAUCCUCCA